AUGAGUGUUUCUGAAAUCCCAACGCAGCCUAUAGAGGUCAGCGAGGCUUCUGAGAGUAUGAUCAUCGAUCCGGUUCCAGAGGCAGGAGCGGACACGACCCCAAUGGCUGAAUCUACUUCAGCAACGAACAAGAGUAAACCUCCACCUUUCAAGAAGCGGAAAGGAGUCCAUGAUGAAGAACCUAAAGAACCUUUGUCAGAAGUGAUGUUGAGAAGAUUAACGAGGAUUAAAGAAGGUGACACUGUCAUGUUGAGAUUACCCAGUGAUGCUAUCAAAGUAAUAACGAUCGAAAAGAAUGGGCUAAUACAAAUAGGAAAGUACGGAUCGUUCCCUUCUACUCAAUUACUAGGUCUACAUUAUGAUAUAACGUAUGAAAUCAUAUCUGGAUCCUCUUCCUCAAAUGCAAACUCACCGUUACCUGAAACUGAAACUGAAGAAACACAAGAAGCAUCAGGAUCAGGAUCAGGUGGGAAAGGCAUCAAGAAUAAUAGUAAAAAAGGAAAAGGGAAAGAAAAUGAUCAAAAAACAAAUCCAGGUUGGAAAAAUGUUUUGAGACCUUUGAAAAGACAAAGUGUAGUAGAUGCUGUUGUAGACGACAUAACGGAGACCAACGAACAUAUACAUGAUUUACCCGAAAUGCAGAAAAACACUCUAUCUCACGAAGAGAUUAGUGCAUUUAGAUCGCAGGGCUUGACGGCGGAGGAAAUCAUAAAGAAACAGGAAGAAGCGCACGAGAAAUUCAAGCUGAAAACAGAAUUCAGUAAGGAGAAAUGGAGGCGGAGGAAAGAGAAGAAAUUUUCCCAAACUGUUCAUCCGUUAUCACCUUCACUCCCAAACAUCCUAGCACACUACUCUGAAAGAGCUCCAGCAUCGAUUAUGCAUCUUCGUACCGACACUUUAUCUCAACUUCUGAAUAUGGCAAAUGUCAGACCUGGUGGGAGGUAUCUCGUAGUCGAUGAUACAGGCGGAUUGGUCACUGCUGCUGUUUUAGAAAGGAUGGGUGCACAAGGUAGAAUAAUGUUAUUCACAGAUAGUGAUUCCCCCCCUGCAUGGGGUGUAUUGCAGACUAUGAAUAUCAGCGAAAGGGAAUUGGAAUGUGUUAAAUGGCUAAAUUGGAUGGAAGCUCAAGAGGAUUAUGAAAGGCCCCCACCGCCUCCCGAAGAUGACGAUGCGAAACCUAGUAAAGUAGCUCAAAGAUUACGGAAACAUAAUGCUCAAGUGGCGGAAUUGAAUGCCACUCGAAAUGAGUUACACCUUGGUCAAUGGGAUGGAUUGGUUUUAUCCACUUCAUUAUCACCUAUAUCGGUCGUAUCAUUCUUAACCCAAUAUUUGAUAGGUUCAUCACCUAUAGUAGUUUAUUCACCACAUCUACAAGUCUUAGCAGAACUCUUAAAUUGGUCUAAGAAAGACCCACAUUAUUUACAUGAUACAUUAUCUGAAUCGUGGGAAAGGACAUAUCAAGUUUUACCUGGUAGAACACAUCCCAUGAUGAAUACAAGUGCUAGCGGUGGAUAUAUCUGGUCCGCGAUAAGAGUACAUCAAUCGAAAUUCCAACCUGAGUCUCAUCAAAGGUUCAAACGUCGUAGAACAGGAAAAGCAGUAGGAAAAGAGACUCCAACUGGUCCGGAGCCGGAAACGGUCGAAGAAGAAGAAGGAGUAGAAGAGGAAAUCGAAAUCGCAUUAGAAGGAAAAGUAGGAGAAGCGAACGAAAACACCGAAGAAGCUCUAAACGAUGCUUGA